GUCCUAUAUUCAUCAGAACGAUAUUGGUCAUUCAUUCUGGUUCGAUGACUUUCUGUUGCAGUUUUAUCACACCUCUGGCCAGUUCUGCCAAAAUGCACGGUGAUCUCGAAGAAAGAAAUGAUGUACUACCAACCGUUCGGUUUAGCUUUUUGGUUGUGUGGAGCGAUUUUUAUCGAUCGAUCAAAAUCCAGUGAAGCUCAAAGUGUCAUCAAUAAAACUGGGGAGAUUAUCAGAAAAAGAAAGGCUCGAGUACUUAUGUUUCCUGAAGGAACUAGAAACACUGGGAAGCGAUUGUUACCUUUUAAGAAAGGAGCAUUUCACCUGGCUGUAGCCUCGCAGUGUCCCAUUCAACCAAUUGCAGUGUCAAGAUACACGUUUUUGGCACCUAACAAAUUUGAGAAUGGUGAAAUAAAAAUCCGAAUUCUACCUGCCAUCCCGACAAAAGGUUGCAGCGUUGAAGAUAUUCCUAGGCUGAUCGAUGAAGCAUACAAGGCUAUGUCAGAAAAUGUGGAACAUUUAGAGUCUCUUGUUACAGACAAAUUGGAGAGGAGAAGUAAACUGUAACGUUGAUGUUGAAAACUAUGGGUAUAGAAUAUAGUUUAUGUAAAAUGUGAUGUUUUCACUGACUUUUGUGUGAAUAUUGAUAUUCUUGUGAUUUAUAUUGUAGGAAACA